CGCCCGGGGGCUGUCACGUGGCCGGGACGAGGUGGAGCUCCGCUUCAAGGGCGGCUCUUCCCCUCCCCACCAACCUUUAGGCUUUGAGCCGGAGGAACGCCCGCGGGCUCUCCUUCCCGCUGCGCUCCCUUCCACGGCCGCCCUCCCCGCUUUGAUCGUCAGCCGGCAGAGAGGGUUGUUCAGUUCAAGGGAAUGAAGAAUUCAGAAUAAUUUUGAGAAAUGGAUUCCAAUAUGGAGAAUAAAAAUAAGUUGAGUCUUUGACCUGCUUUGAGGAAACAUAUUGUCCAUUUGUCUAAAGUCAUCUGUAAUAGCCAAACCAGUGAAAAUGAAUUCAACGUUAUUUUCCCAGGUAGAAAAUCGUUCAAUCUAUUAUAAUUUUUCAGAGAAGAAUUCCCAGUUUUUGGCUUUCGAAAAUGACGAUUGUCAUCUGCCCUUGGCCAUGAUAUUCAUGUUAGCUCUUGCUUAUGGAGCUGUGAUCAUUCUUGGGGUCUCUGGAAACCUGGCCUUGAUCAUCAUCAUCUUGAAACAAAAGGAGUUGAGAAAUGUCACCAACAUCCUGAUUGUGAACCUUUCCUUCUCAGACUUGCUUGUUGCUAUCAUGUGUCUCCCCUUCACGUUUGUCUACACAUUGAUGGACCACUGGGUUUUUGGUGAGGCAAUGUGCAAGUUGAACCCGUUUGUGCAGUGUGUUUCCAUCACUGUGUCCAUCUUCUCUCUGGUCCUCAUUGCCGUGGAACGGCAUCAGCUGAUCAUCAAUCCACGGGGCUGGAGACCAAGUAAUAGACAUGCUUACGUAGGCAUUGCUGUCAUCUGGGUCCUUGCUUUGGCUUCUUCUCUGCCCUUCCUGAUCUACCAAGUAUUGACGGAUGAACCGUUCCAAAAUGUGACCCUUGAUGCGUUCAAGGACAAGUACGUCUGCUUUGAUAAAUUUCCAUCAGACUCUCACCGGUUGUCUUACACCACUCUCCUCUUGGUGCUGCAGUAUUUUGGCCCACUCUGUUUUAUAUUUAUUUGCUACUUCAAGAUAUAUAUACGCUUAAAAAGAAGAAACAACAUGAUGGACAAGAUGAGAGACAAUAAGUACAGGUCCAGCGAAACCAAAAGAACCAACAUCAUGCUGCUGUCCAUUGUGGUGGCGUUUGCGGUCUGCUGGUUGCCACUCACCACCUUCAACACCGUGUUCGACUGGAAUCAUCAGAUCAUUGCUACGUGCAACCAUAAUCUGUUAUUCCUGCUCUGCCACCUCACAGCCAUGAUCUCCACCUGUGUCAACCCCAUAUUUUACGGCUUCCUGAACAAAAACUUCCAGAGAGACCUGCAGUUCUUCUUUAACUUCUGUGACUUCCGGUCUCAGGAUGACGACUACGAGACCAUCGCCAUGUCCACCGUGCACACGGAUGUUUCCAAGACGUCUCUGAAGCAGCCAAGCCCAGUCACGCUUAAAAAGAUCCACACUGAUGAUACUGAAAAAAUCUGAACCUGCCAUAGCAUUUGGUCCCUGGUGACAUCUGUUUAAAACCAAGCACAACCUGCGACAGACUUUAAUUCCCUGUUCUCCCAAGGAAUAGGGUUGAAAUCACUGAAGAAAGAUCAAGAUUUUCUUGUCUUGCUUUUUACUGCUUCUGUAGUAGCUGUCAUAAUUAUAUUUGGAACAAAACCUGUGGGCUUUGGAAUCUUCUGGCGAUAGUUUUGACCAGACAUCUUUGAAGUGCUUUUUUGUAAACUUAUGCAUAGAAUAGAAAGGCUUUUAUAUUGUAUUUAUUAGAAGGAAAUUUCUUGAAAGGAUUACUGUUCCCUGACUUUAGAAGCACUACACCUGAUGCUCUCGCUUGAUUGGGCCAUCCUUAUUCGAUGAGAUUGUCAGUAGAUUGGGCAGUCCCGUGUAAGGUUAGGCAUCAAGCUUCAGCCUGUUGCAGAGGUGAUGGCAUGCAAAAGCAGCAUUAAGGGUGUGAGCUAGAAGAGAGUCUGUGUCCUAUAUGCCUCGUCUGAAGUCAUUCAAAAGUGAUUUGCAUUUUUUUGAAAUUUUAAGACAGGAGUUCAUUUGCUCCUAAUUGAUUAUCACGUAAGAUAAAAAAUACAUUUAAAAAUACUUCUCAGCUGUGAAUAUCUUGGGGAAUUGGGCCACCCACAAGGAUUAAGUGGGACAGCAGUUCCCUAACUUUAAAACUAUUUUGGUACCUGACAACCAAAUGAUUUCAGAGUAGUUAGUUUAACAAGUAAAUUAGUAUUGCUUCAUAUGGUUGGAUUAUAUUUAUUUGAAUUGAUGGUCAAGAGGCUUUCCAUUCUUCACAGACUGUUCAGUGUGUGUCAAGCUUCCUAGCAUAAAUAUACACGUAAUUCAAAGGCAUUUAUUUCCAGCUAACAAUAUAUAUAACCACAAAGUGUAUUUUCUAUACAUCAGUGCCUAUAUACUAACUCAUUUUUAACUUUCAAUGUCCAUCUUUCAAAGGACACCAAGGUACAAUGUUGAAAGAAUGUCCACCCUGGGUAGCAGGGGUAAAUACAGGAAAAUUGAGGACACUUCACGUAGCUCAUGUUAACUUGUUUGAACUGUGUGCCUGUGGAAUCUUACCAAUCAUGCACUAUGUACUGAGGGGUUGUGUCAUGUUAAUAUACUUCAUUUCAUGUACCCUGUAAUCAUGAUUGAGCCUCAGAAUCAUUGGGAGGGAAGAUAUUUUAAAGAACAAGACAUAUCUUUGAUGUAUUAUACAGACAUAGUAUUAAAUGUGUUUGAUUUUAGAAGGGCAGACAUUUUCUUGAUUAAAAUUGUUUCUGCUUUUUCUGAA